AAAUAUAGUCAAGACAUUGACAAGGUUAGAAAUAUUGAUUUUUAUUUGAAAUAAUAAUUUUCUCCUUCAAACUUUGCUUUCGUCAAAGAAUGCUCCAUUUGCAGCAAUUACAGCAUUGCAGACCUUUUAGAUUCUAGCUGUUAAUUUGUUGACGUAAUCUGGAGAAAUUUCACCCCACGCUUCCAGAAGCCCCUCCCACAAGUUGGAUUGGCUUGAUGGGCACUUCUUGCGUACCAUACGGUCAAGCUGCUCCGUAAAACAGCUCAAUGGGGUUGAGAUCUGGUGACUGCGGUGGCCACUCCAUUACAGAUAGAAUACCAGCUGCCUGCUUCUUCCCCAAAUAGAUCUUGCAUAGUUUGGAGGUGUGCUUUGGGUCAUUGUCCUGUUGUAGGAGGAAAUUGGCUCCAAUCAAGCGCUGUCCACAGGGUAUUGCAUGGCGUUGCAAAAUGGAGUGAUAGCCUUCCUUAUUCAAAAUCCCUUUUACCUUGUACAAAUCUCCCACUUCACCAGCACCAAAGCAACCCCAGACCAUCACAUUACCUCCACCACGCUUGACAGAUGGCGUCAGGCACUCUUCCAGCAUCUUUUCAGUUGUUCUGCGUCUCACAAAUGUUCUUCUGUGUGAUCCAAACACCUUAAACUUCGAUUUGUCUGUCCAUAACACUUUUUUCCAAUCUUCCUCUGUCCAAUGUCUGUGUUCUUUUGCCCAUUUUAAUCUUUUCCUUUUAUUGGCCAUUUCUCAAACUAGAGACUCUAAUGUACUUGUCCUCUUGCUCAGUUGUGCAGCGGGGCCUCCCACUUCUCUUUCUACUCUGGUUAGAGCCUGUUUGUGCUGUUCUCUGAAGGGAGUAGUAAACACCGUUGUAGGAAAUCUUCUGUUUCUUGGCAGUUUCUCGCAUGGAAUAGCUUUAAUUUCUAAGAACAAGAAUAGACUGUCGAGUUUCACAUGAAAGUUCUCUUUUUCUGGCCAUUUUGAGAGUUUAAUCGAACCCACAAAUGUGAUGCUCCAGAUUCUCAACUAGCUCAAAGGAAGGUCAGUAUUAUAGCUUCUCUAACCAGCAAAACUGUUUUAAGCUGUGCUAACAUAAUUGCACAAGGGGUUUCGAGGGUUUUCUAAUCAUCCAUUAGCCUUCUAACGCAAUCAGCAAACACAAUGUACCAUUAGAACUGGAGUGAUGGUUGCUGGAAAUGGGCCUCUAUACACCUAUGUAGAUAUUGCAUUAAAAACCAGACGUUUGUAGCUAGAAUAGUCAUUUACCACAUUAACAAUGUAUAGAGUGUAUUUCUGAUUAAUUUAAUGUUAUCUUCAUUGAAAAAACAGUGCUUUUCUUUCAGAAAUAAGGAAAUUUCUAAGUGACCCCAAACUUUUGAACGGUAGUGUAUAUACCUGCCUGAGGUUCUAGGGCCCCAGGGCAGGUGCCCGCUUUGCCCCGUUCAUCCUUUUUCAUUGGGGUUAGGAAAGUCUGCAACCAAAAGGCCACCUUCUUCUUUGAGGACCAGUGCACUAGAGGGCGCUCUGCUCCAAACUCACUAUCCAUGCCUCCUGUGUCUGCUUGUCACAUUGUCCAACAUGGCUGCGUCCAUGGUAAGGACUUGCCGUUUUGUAUGGCGGCAUGGGUCCUGUAUUCUCCUCAGGCCAACGAGUCUUUACCUCAGCCUCAGGUGUAAAUUUCACUGUUCUUCCACUGCACAUAACGGACUGCUCUUCUCUCUGAAUAAACGCGGUGUUCUGAAGGACUCUUUCCCAGAAAACGCAGCUCAGGACCGGCUACCUCAGCUGCUCCAGUCCGGUGCUCAGACUGUAUACUGCGGCUUUGAUCCCACGGCCGACAGCCUCCAUGUGGGCAACUUGCUCGCUAUCAUCGGCCUGCUGCACUUCCGCAGCGCCGGGCAUCAUGUCCUCGCUGUGCUCGGAGGGGCCACGGCACAAAUCGGGGACCCGAGCGGAAAGACGAGCGAGAGGGAGCGGAUGGCCGCGGACGCCGCGGAGGCGAACACCCACAGCAUCAGGGAGAGCAUCCAGAGGAUUUUCACCAACCACGAACUGCAAUUUCACGACAGCUCCAGAAAGCUGGGUACUGUGACCGUACUGAACAACCUGAGCUGGUACAAGGACUGGGGCGUCGUGGCCUUCCUGUCGGAGGCCGGCAGGCACUUCAGGAUGGGCACCAUGCUCAGCCGCCACAGCGUGCAGUCCAGGCUGAAGAGCGCAGACGGUAUGAGCCUGACAGAGUUCACCUACCAGGUGUUCCAAGCUUAUGACUUCUACCACCUGAACCAAAUAUACGGCUGCAAGAUUCAGCUCGGAGGCACCGACCAGCUGGGCAACUUGAUGUCUGGCCAUGAAUACAUUCACAAAAUGAGCGGUGAGGAGGUGUACGGCCUGACCAUCCCCCUGGUGACCAGCUCUGUCGGGGACAAGCUGGGGAAGACAGCAGGCAACGCAGUGUGGCUCAACAGAGACAAGACAUCACCCUUUGAACUCUACCAGUUCUUUCUCAGGCAGCCUGACAGCAGUGUGGAACGGUACCUGAAGCUGUUCACCUUCCUGCCUCUGGCGGAAGUGGAGAGGCUGAUGGAGCAGCAGAGAGAGGAUCCAGGAAAACGCCUUGCACAUAAGCGUCUGGCUGCAGAAGUGACGAAACUGGUGCAUGGAAAGGAGGGCCUCGAAAGUGCUAAGAGAUGUACCAACGCACUGUACCACAGCAGCGUGCAGGCCUUGGAGGAAAUGAGUGACGAGGAACUUCAGGAGCUCUUCAGGGAGGCUCCCUUCCAUGAGCUGCUGCUGGAGCCGGGGACCACUGUGAUAGACACCUGCCGCAGAGUCAACGCAAUCCCAGAGGGACCCAGAGGGUAUCGGAUGGUUGUGGACGGAGCAGUGUGGAUCAACCACAGUCGGACAGACAAACCAGAUCAAGUACUGAUCCCCAAACUCCACAUCCUGUCUAAUGGACUUACCUUGCUCAGAGUUGGCAAGAAGAACUUCUACAUCAUCAAGUGGCUCAGUCUCUGAGGUCGUUUGCUUUCACAAGGGACCAGGUUACUGUAAUGGACUGACGGGGAAGGUAGGCGACUACACCUCAGCAGGGUCAGUGAGGAGACACGGAUGGACUGAUAUUUUGGUACAUAGUAGGUUUAGGUGUGGCCUAAACCCUUAAUGAUUGCCUGUGGUUGUCAUAUAAAUAUGUUUAUGUACAGAUGUGACAUUUAUCAAAAGCUAAGAUAUUAAAAACAUUUGAUAUAA